AUGGCUCACGAAAGCCGACACUGCCUUGAUGAAUUCAUCGAUGUUCUCAAGCGUAGUUUCAGUACUCCUGAGGAAGCCUAUCAGUACUUCUCUGACGGUGCCAUUGGGUUCAGCAGGGAGAUGUUCGCUCUCCGAUUGAAGACGUUGGACGAUGCCGGGUAUGUCAAUAACAACAAGGAUAUUCUAUGGAGCGCGAUUUGCCGAGAGGCGGGUAUAGACCCAUCCGGGCUUAUGGACUCGGUACGAUGGGCGAGGGUUGUGCUGAAUACACCAACGCUACCAUGUCGAAGACUCGGCAGAGCUGUGAAAUACGUAGCGGCGUCGGUCCUCACUGAGGCAGCCCUCGAGUGCACUAGGGCGGUGGCACAGGAAGCCAUGGAGGGGUUGGAGAUGGCCAGUGUGUCACCUAACGAGAUGCCAAGGUGA